AUGCGCCGCACUGCAUGUGGCGGGAUGCGCUUCUCCCGUGUGCGCCGCCAGACAGCCGCGGGACUUCAGACGACAAAACUCAACCCGGCACCAGACCACUACGCGAUGUGGGGUAAGGCAAUUCUAGCAGAGAACAGUAGGCGUGCGGGGCCGGAGCACAUGUUCCGCACCGCGGUUCGCGCGCAGCAGCAGCUGCAGGGCCUGGCGGAUAAGUGGACUCCCGACGCGAAGGUGUACUGCUGCGGCUCGAUGGUCACGUACGGGCAGAUGGAGUGGGGGAGUGAUCUCGACCUCGCCUGUAUGUUCGACGACCCGUACCCCUCGCACGAAGUACAGGCGAAACGAACAGACAAACUAUGGACCGUUAUGAAGCGCUACGUGCCGCACUACCUUCGCAACAACCUCCUCGGCCUCACGGAGGCACGCACACCGGUGGUUAAACUCCGCUUCGCCAACGAUGAGAAGGUGGCACGUGCGAGGUACACGCCUCUUAGUGAAGAGGAGGACCGCAAGGCACGCACGGCGUUGCUUGACGUGCGGAAUCAAUGCAUUGACGAACGUGAGGUGGAGUAUAUAGCGGACAAAAUGGGACGCGAUAAUGUGGAGGGAAUAUGGGUGGACCGCACAACAUACGGCUGCCGCAUCGCCAUUCAGUGCGCCUCAAAAGAACAGAUGAUUGAGGCAAUUGGCUUUUUCCCUGAUGGCAAAAUCAUGACGAGGGGCAUGCGUGAGGACUACACACGUGAUGUGCUCGACCCACGUUUUGUGCCGGAGAUGUUCAUGUACCGGUGGGAUAUCUCCUUCGUCGGAUACGGAGUGAAGAACAGCUACCUCAUCCGCCACUAUCUCCACAGCGGCCCAAGUGCUGCGCGACACGCUGCAAUGGCUGCCAAGGCUUGGGGAAAGGCAACAAACGUUGGCGCCGGAUCGGCUGCCAUGCUCACAUCUUACGCUGUCACCAUAAUGUUCCUCUACUACCUGCUCGUGACGCAGCAGGUGCGAUGGGUGGACCCAUGGUCGCUGCCGCACCCGGCCCACCUGCCGCGGUACCCCGACUUCUCCCCGCUACAUGACUGCGACCCAGUUGAGCUCGGACGGCUUCUGCAUGGCUUCUUCAUCUUCUAUGCCCACCACUUUGACUAUGAGAAGGAAGUGGUGAGUCUCAGUCGUAAUCGGCGCAGUCUGCGCUCCGAUGUUGGCUGGAACUUUCCGCAGAACAAGAAGGGUACGUUCAGCUACAAUUUCUGUAUUGAGGACCCAUACGAGGACGUUGGGACUGGCGGGCUGAAUCUCGGUCGCCACCUUCACCCCGCGAAGUUCCAGCUGGUGAAGCAGGAAUUCCUCCGGGCCGCGCAGUGUAUGGAGCGUUUCUCCCCACUGACAGCUCCAGAGAAGUCCGUCCUCGGUGUUCGUCGGGCGGAGUUGCGGCACUUUGAGCGAGACCGGGACAUGGAUCGUUGA